AUGACUCCGCUGGAGUCUGGAAGGGGAUACGUUGCUGUCGAGUUCGCUGGCAUCGCCGUGGUUGGCUGUUAUGUCUCGCCGAACUGGGAUCUCGCCCACUUUGGCGGAUUCCUGGCGGAGGUGGGGGGCUGCGUUGAACGAUGCGCCCCCCGCCCCGUCUUGGUCGCGGGGGACUUCAACGCAAAGUCACGCGUUUGGGGUUCCCCGCGAUCGGAUGCCAUGGGCGAGACUCUGGUAGACUGGGUGGCCUCUCUGGGCCUGUGUAUACUGAACAUAGGCUCAGAGGGUACCUGCGUGCGGCGAGGGGGGGAGUCAAUUGUGGACUUGACUCUCGCUUCCCCCCAAGCUGCGCGCAUGGUAUCGGGGUGGAGAGUGGAGACGGGGUCGGAGACGUUGUCUGACCAUGCGUACGUCUCCAUGACCCUGUCUCCGCCCCAAGGGACGGCACCCACCCAGGGCCGCCCAGGCAGCCGAUCACGGCGAUGGCAGCGAAGGAAGUUGGACGGGGACAGGCUGAUCGCCAGUCUCCUCGCGGCAACGUGGGCCGAACAUGGGCCCACGGAUGAUGUGGAGGAGGAGGCCGUCUGGCUGCGGGACAUAAUGACGGACGCGUGUGACGCGUCCAUGCCCCGAGCCGGAGGGCCUCCUAACCGGCGGGCGGCGUACUAG